AUGCUUGAAUCUCCACUAGACUUUCCUCAAGUCUGGCAGAAGCCUGCCUUUCCUCUUCUACUGGCAACGCUCCAAAGACUUCGCGUCGAUCCGCCAGCAUGGAAUCUCAAGGCCUCCCGUAAUGACAUACUCAAGCACCAGGAAACGCCUGUACAGGACCCCCGGGAGAUCGCUGCCUAUCUCUCCACAAUCAUCAAGAGCCCAUUGGGCUGGCUAGAUGAUGAUGAUCGAGAGACAAUUUGGGACGAGGCAAGCAAGCGCUUCUCAGAGCGGUGUGGACGAAGCGCUAUGAGCGAGAUCACCCGCCGAUGGCCCUUCGAAGGCGAUGCGGAUGACUCCUUCGACCUGAUCCUGCGUGAACCGGCAUUGACGGGUGACAACCUCGGCCUCAAGACCUGGGGCUCCUCCUACGUCCUUGCUCAGAUGCUGUAUACCAUUGGCGAGACUUCGUUGGCCCACCUCUUCGGAAAGGGGGUCAGCCAACCGCGACCAGCAGUGCUCGAAAUGGGAUCAGGGACUGGUCUCCUUGGCCUGGCAGCUGCGGCUAUUUGGCGGACUCGUGUUAUCCUCAGCGACCUCCCUGAGAUCGUGCCAAACCUCGCCCACAACGUCGAGAAGAACCUGCAGACAGUGCAGGGCCGAGGUGGUAGUCUCGCUUCCGGCGCUUUGACAUGGGGCGGGGAUGGUGACGAGAUAGACCCCAUCCUCUUUACUGAGAAGAAUAGCUUCAAUGCAGGUGCUGUCAUUGUCGCCGACCCUCUCUAUGAUGACCACCAUCCUGGACUUCUCGCCGGUGCGGUUGACGACCAGCUCAGCUUAGAUGCCAAUGCCAGGGUGGUGAUAAUGGUACCGCAGCGAGACGCCGUUACAGUCAAUCUUCUUUCAAUGCUUCGACAAGAGUUGGCGUCGAAAACCACUCCCUUUGUUUGCCUCGAGGAGACAAUCGUGCCGGGGCGAGAUGACUGGGGCGCAAGUGAGGACGAAGAAGCCGGCCAUGUCAAGUGUUGGCUGGGUAUCUUUGCAAGGCAGAAUGUUGUCAAUAAAAUAUGA